AUGGCCUUCUUUGAUGGUGGUGUUCAGGUCCUUCAAUCCGCAGAUGAACUCUUGCCACUUUCUUACCGGGUUCAACGGUUAUGCAACAUUCGAGGAGCCCUCGUUUAUCCCGAGACAGUUGCAGCCCUGGAGAAAUUUCUGGACAAGUAUAGGGAUUUCAUGGAUAUGACUAGCAUCACUUCUUCCUUUCACGGUGCGCUGCUUUCUGGACUCUUGGCUUGGUGCUCCGCAGGAUGGAUACUACGCAGCUGUUGGACAUCACAGACUAUCGACUCCUUUGCUGGUGGGGACGCGAUCUGUGAAGCCAUGACUUUAGGUUUCCGGGUAGAGUUUCUCUUGAAUCUGGUGAAAGACCUAGCUCGUGUUGUAUUCGAGGAACGGGCUAUUCAUAUAAUAAGUCUACACACUCCACCAUAUAAUCAGUCUAAAGUAAAAUGGCAUGCCUUCCUUUACAUUGUCUAA